AAUAUUCACCACCUUGUUUGUGGAGUCGCCCUCGCCAAAGCUGACGUACUCUCGAGCCUCCCAAGCUAGGGAAAGAUAUACACGCGAUCUUAGCAGACGUUCCGAGGGCCCUGACACACACGGACAAACACAACAAGAUGGCUUCCGCAGCAGAUUCAAAAUGGCAGAAGGAUGCGGCAGACCAGAACUUCGACUACAUGUUCAAGCUGCUCAUAAUCGGGAAUAGCAGUGUCGGCAAGACGUCCUUUCUCUUCCGUUACGCAGACGACUCCUUCACGUCGGCGUUCGUCAGUACCGUAGGGAUUGACUUUAAGGUCAAGACGGUUUUCAGGCAAGACAAGAGAGUCAAACUGCAGAUUUGGGACACAGCUGGCCAGGAGAGAUACCGUACCAUCACCACAGCGUACUACAGAGGGGCCAUGGGCUUCAUCCUCAUGUACGACGUCACAAACGAGGACUCCUUCAACAGUGUGCAAGACUGGUGCACCCAGAUCAAGACAUACUCGUGGGACAACGCCCAGGUGGUGCUGGUGGGGAACAAGUGUGACCUGGAGGACGAGCGCGUCAUCUCAACGGAGCGCGGCAAGCAGCUCGCCGACCAGCUCGGCCUCGAGUUCUUCGAGACCAGCGCGAAAGAGAACAUCAACGUAAAGCAAACAUUCGAGCGCCUGGUAGACAUCAUCUGCGACAAGAUGUCGGAGAGUUUGGAUUCCGACCCCUCGUUAGUCAGUAAGGGCCAGGGCACCCGGCUUACAGAAAACCCCCAACCCCAGCAAAGCGGAUGUGCUUGCUGAGAUCGCUAUUCCCAUAGCUAAAAAAAAGAGAGAAACGUUCACGUAGAGUUGAGGGACAUUUUGCGUCUGAAACCUCCUUCUAUAUAUAAGAGGAAGAAGUGGGCGACGUCCAAAAUGUUUUAUAGUUUAAUUAUUUUCGUUUUUGUACCACAUUUCAUGCAAACGCAAAAUAAUUAUCCCAGUUUUGUAGCUGUUUUUUUUCCGUCAGCUUUUUUUUGUUGUUGGUGGGCAUCUAGGGAAGGUUUACCUGUUUUUAAACUGUAGAAGAAGGGGUCGAUAAACCUCUUCAAAUGUCAAUGUCUUGAUGUAAAAGAGCAGUAAAUGUUUAAAUGCACGUUAGGAUAGUGUCAGGGCCCUCUGGAUUCAUUGAAAAAGAGACCCAACAUGUCAUUGCUGGAUUGAAAGAUAGUAAAAGAAGGAAUCGAAGGAUAGAAAAAGAAAGAACUGAAGCGAGAGAUUUUCUUAUCUUUAGCUCUUUAAGAAAUGACAUCUACAUGUAGUAAAUAAGCAAAUAUGGCAAAGCAACUCCACUAAUUUCGAUUUGCUUCAUUAUACAAGAAAUUACACUUGAGAUUAUAGAUAAGAUAUGUACAUUGCUUUCUUCUAUAAUCCACAUACUCUGGACUUGUGCUGACUAUGUCAUUGUUCUGCCUUUUCAUGAUGUCAUUUUAUGGUGUAUUAAUGUUCUCGAUAUUGCCACUACGAUGACCAAAAGAAGACAACUGUUUCAUGUACUUAAAACCUUGGAAAGGGUAAUCACAAGUGGUGAAGGAAAAGGGAGAAAAUAUGAAAAGUUUUAGGGCUUUAUUAAAGUUUAACAAAUAAAAAAAACAUGUAAGUAUUAGAGAGAGAACUGUUCCGUGGGGCCACUUCUUGGGAGGACAUUUGAUGUAAUUAUUUACAAUAAAUGUUGAUUCAAUUAUGGAUAUCACAUGUUAAUUAACUUAACACUGCACAAAACCCUACUUUUAAGCACACUUUAGAACAUGCUUAAAGUAAAGGUACACACAAAGGAAGAAACGGAACCUUUACAUAUGCUUUAAAGUGUGCGUAAAGAAUAGACUUUCUGCGGUGUAGCAAUGGCAGAACCAUUGUACAUAUUAAGAAAAUUGCAAAGGUCUCAUAUGUACCCAGAACGUGUGAUUUUAUUCCUUAAAAUGAAGCAACAAAAAUAUGACUGUACCAUAGCAUUGAUACUAUUCAUGAAACAUUGGAAAUACUUUCAGAAGUUACAAUUUUCCCAGAUUGACUAAAACAAAAAACAGCUUCAUAGCUAAGGCUAUCAAGUCUUUUUGGCAAUGCUUGUCACUUAGAGUAUCCCUUGUAUCAAUUGUAAAAAUCCAUUCUGUUUGCUUCAGUCCACAGGAGCUACUCUUAAAAGGCAUUUAUCUUGUCUAUCUUUUACUCGUCAGAAAUAUUACGCUGUACUCUUAUUGAAUAACUGGGAGGUGUGUAUUUUAACCCUUACCAUUCCAAGGGUGCACUAAAGCAUUGCACACCCUAUCACACUCGUACAGGUGCACUCUGAGGGUUAUCAAAGGCAUUUUUGCUGUUUCCCCAUACAUAAAUAUGGACAAAAACACUGUUCUCUUUUAAUCACACCAAGUGUCCUGCCAAGAUUUAAGGAGAAAACUAUGUUACAGCACUGCUGAUAGUACAAUGUGUAUAUUUGUGAAUGCAUGAUUAUUGUACGUUGGAAGCUGCUAUGUGUAAUGUUAACUCUAGUUAGUAAUUUCUCCUGGACCAUACUACUGGUGAUUGAAGAAAAAGAUACGAAAAAAAGUGAACAAAAAGAACCAGUAAAGAACACAUGGAUAUAGCAUCUCUAUAUCCUUGUGGUUAGUAUAAAGAAAAAACUAGAGACUUAGGACAAAAGUAUAACUUAUUUAUUAGGGGUUGUUUUCAAUGUUAGCUAGAUAGGCUUCUUUCUAUUGUGGAUUGUUGUCAACAGCAUGUUAGAGCUAUCUGUAUAUUUUGGAGUAGUAUACUUUAGAUUCUUAGUGAUUUGGUGGUGCGAGGUUCCAUGGUGUAAAUUAAUAGUGAGCACACGCAGCCAUAAACAACUUGUAUCACUGGAGUUAUAUGUCCUUUGUGUCAGUGACUUUAUUCGUGGACCGUUCCAGGGGUUAUAGGUACUACAGAUGGCAAAGACGGAGAUGGUAUUCUGUGAUCACGUAUUUCCCCAUGUCACCCUCCUUGUAAAAUUUUCCUUGUUUCCAAAGCUGUAACUGUAGACAUGUGUAUCAUGGUACAUACUAACUGGUAUACUGCACUUCCAGCGUUGCCAGAUAGGUGUCGCCUUUAGCAUGUGAUACACACUACAGACUUGACUUGGGGAAAGGGCAUUCUGGGUAAAUGUGGUUGGGCAGUUUAGUUUGGUCCGAUUUUUAUGUAACGCAAGUGCAAAUGCAGAAUGUUCAUGGCAUAUAUUAAACGUCAUAGAUGGCAAAAAA